AUUAUGGCCCACUGGGGGUCGGCUAGUGCCGGUAUCUGCCCCUCCCCGAAAACAAAACCCCGGACUCCGGGCCGGCCAUCUGCCAAGCAUCGGGCGGGGUACAGGAGCCAGAGCUCCGGCCCGAGUCAAGGGCCCCGUCUUCCGGACCCGCCAUUCCGUCUUGAUCAGCAUUGAACUUGCAUACUGACAAAGUUCUCAGCUCUCUUGACUGCAGCUGCUUCUUGCGGGGAACUCUGCGUUGCCUCAUGCAGACAGAGUGUUGAGAGCUUUGAUCGCCAGCAGGUACGCACAGUUUCAAGGCAAUCUUCAGCAUGCCCUAUAGCUAUCUUGCCGAAGGUAAUCACAUGUGUAUGUCAGUGGCGUAGUACCUUGCCCUUGCGAGAUGGAGAGAAGCACCUUGCUGUAAGAUUAAAUUAUACUGCUAAUCUUUAGCAAAGGGCUACCUGGUGGUAGGUAGUCAAACUCUCAUCACUGUUCUUCUCAAGCAAAGCUUCCCUUCCGAGCUCAAAUCAGAUCAGAUGACGCUGCAGAAUCCUCUAUAGAUAAGCAUCAAAUCUCAAUAUCACCAGUACUGAGGACAGAAAUUAAAAACACAAUUGGUGGCGAGUUGGCUACCGAUGGCUGAAGUUUAUUAUGGAAGUGUGGUGGUGAAGCAACCUGAAAGGCAAGUUCCGCGGCCACACAAUGUGGGGGCAGGCGGCCCGACCUUGCGCAAAUCAAUUUUCUGCGUGUGUUCAAGAAUCCAUCGACCUGAUUCCCAAAGUUUCGCGACUGCCGCAGCCGCUCUCAGCAACACCAGAUCAUCCUUUCCACUCUGGAGAAGCUCCACCUCGAGAAUUCAAACCAUCUUCCACUAAAUCAUCGACCAUCCCGUCGACUCUAGCCAUCGACCCAAUCCGUCUUUGCCAUCUCCCCCUCCAUCUCUGCGAGCUUCUUCUCUUCUUUCUCUACAAGCCCUUCCCCUCUCCGAUCCCGAUCCCGCGCCCUGGUGCACUUUCUGCAAACGCAACCGAAGCCCAGCUCCGUUGCCAACCCAGCUCUGAUCUCGAGGCCGACUUCAAAAAAAGACCUAGUCUCGUCCGACUCUACCCCACGCCCGCGCCGUGA